AUAUCAGACAUAGAAGGCGGUGACUGGGCAAUAGAGGUAGUGGAAGCAAAGCCAGCCAUGAUCAUCAUCAAGCUCGUCGUCACGCUGCUUUUGCUAGCGACAGUAUUUGCAACUUCGGAAGGUACAAGCUUCAUCUACAAUGGCUUCCGCUCUGCUAAUUUAGCCAUUGACGGCGUUUCUUCCCUCCUCUCCGACGGCCUUCUCCGACUCACCAGCGGCACCAAGCAACAAAAAGGUCACGCCUUUUACUCUGAGCCUAUAGCAUUCGUCAAAAACUCGUCUUUCUCUACCUCUUUCGUUUUCGCCAUUAGAUCUGAAUACCCGACUCUGAGUGGUCAUGGAAUAGCUUUCGUAAUUUCUUCAACAAAGACACUCCCAGGUGCUCUGCCCAGUCAAUUCCUUGGCCUCUUCAAUGAAACUAACAAUGGCCACCCCACAAACCAUGUACUCGCAGUAGAACUCGACACCAUUCAGAACAGCGAGUUCGAGGAUAUCAAUGAUAACCAUGUCGGAAUUGACAUUAACGGCUUGAAUUCAGUGAAAUCUGCUCCUGCUGGAUAUUAUGCUGAUGGGUCUCAGUUUCAGAACUUGAGCCUUAUCAGUGGCCUUCCAAUGCAAGUGUGGCUGGACUAUGAUGGCGGCAAGAAUCAAAUUAGUGUCACCUUGGCUCCAAUCAAUGUUAAAAAACCAGAGACUCCAUUGUUAACGUUGUCCCAUGAUCUUUCCCGCAUUCUAAGGAGGUCUAGUUAUGUCGGAUUCUCAUCUUCCACGGGUUCAAUCUCAACUUCUCAUUAUAUUCUUGGUUGGAGCUUUAAGCUUAAUGGGAAGGCUGAAAACCUCGUAAUCACUGAACUCCCAAAGCUUCCUCAACUAGCUGAUGGUAAAAACGAGCAGUCUAUGAUUUUGCUAGUUGGAAUGCCUUUGAUUUCUGUCUGUUUAAUUUUUCUGUUAAGUUUGUCUGUUGUUCAUUUUAUAAAGAGAAAAAAGAAGUUUUCUGAGAUGCUUGAAGAUUGGGAGCAAGACUACGGUCCUCACAGGUUCAAAUACAAGGAUCUCUACAUUGCCACAAAGGGAUUCAGAGAGGAAUUGCUUCUGGGAAGUGGUGGUUUUGGUAGAGUCUACAAAGGGAUAAUGCCAAUUUCAAAAAUUGAGGUUGCUGUGAAAAGAGUAUCCCAUGAAUCUCGACAAGGUAUGAGGGAAUUUGUGGCAGAAAUUGUAAGUAUUGGUCGUCUUCGUCAUCGAAACCUUGUACCUCUUUUAGGGUAUUGCAGGCGAAAAGGAGAACUUCUUUUAGUUUAUGAUUUCAUGCCAAAUGGAAGCUUGGAUAAAUACCUCUAUAAUCAACCUAGAGUGACAUUGAACUGGACACAGAGAUUUCGGAUCAUCAAAGGGAUAGCUUCAGGAUUAUGCUAUUUGCAUGAGGAAUGGGAGCAAGUGGUUGUUCACAGAGACAUAAAAGCCAGCAACAUUCUUCUAGAUUCAGAAUUAAAUGGAAGGUUAGGGGAUUUUGGUCUUGCAAGAUUAUGUGACCACGGCAGUGAUCCUCAAACCACACACGUGGUCGGAACUCUUGGGUAUCUUGCCCCAGAGCAAACCAGAAUAAGGAAGGCCACGACAAGCUCAGAUGUUUUUGCUUUUGGUGCUUUCACGCUUGAGGUCGUGUGUGGAAGAAGGCCUAUAGAGCAAGGAGGAGGAAGCGACGGUGUCGUUUUGGUGGAUUGGGUUUAUGGUUUCUUCAGAAGGGGUGAAAUUGUUGAGGCAAAGGAUCAGAAUUUACCUAUGGGAAGAGAGUAUAGGGAAGGGGAGGUGGAAUUGGCCUUGAAACUUGGGCUUCUGUGUUCAAAUUCUGAACCAUUAAGGAGGCCUAACAUGCGUCAAGUUGUGCAAUAUUUAAAUGGGGAUGUACCUUUGCCUGAUUUGUCUUCAUUAAUAUCAUCAUCAUCAUCUUCUGGGUUAACGUUUGGGCAUCGUCAAGAGACUCAUCAUGAUUCUGCCAUGUCCUUCCCAUCUUCUAUAGACGGCUCAUUUUCUCAGAGUUCGUCCAUAGCUGAGUCUCUUUUAUCCGGAGGUAGAUGAUUUUGGUCUUCCAAAUGCGUAUGAUUAUUGAUUUGUGUAUUGGUACUUCCUUUCACUUAUUUUUUUCAUUUUAAUUUUCGAUAGGAUCUUGAUUUUACUGUUUGGUUUUUGUAUUCUAUGGUUGUUGGAAAGGAAAUACGAUAGUUUACCAAAGUAUUGAUGCUCGGUAUAGUUGGGAGAAACUAUGUUGUUAUAGAUACCAACAAUUUGUGUAUGAAUCAAUUGUUUGCUAAAAACUCGUGAACAACAAAACACUUCCAAUAAGACAUUUACAAAUUUACUCAUGGCAACUUGAAAUUUUAAUAAAUAAAUUAAUAAAAACUUAAGGAAAAAAAUAACGAAAUACAAAUAAGUACUUUCUGAUUCUGGACGACACACAUUGGUGUCGAUUCUAAAAAACUCGUUCAACGCAGCGUGAUCGGAGCAGCAAAGAAGUCGUUCAUCCAUCACGAAUUCAAUAGUAUCUGUGCAAUUUCAGAUAUAAAUACUCCAUAUGUAGUAUAACUGACUAGUCAAGUUACAUAUAUUACGCCAGCAAAACAGGAGAGAGGUGAUGAGGCUGGACCACUUCAUACGCGUCUCAGAAACAUAAACAUUUUUACAUUUCAAAUGUACUCUUUGGUUCGGAAAUUAGAGCCACCUCCAUGGCACAUUG